AUGCGCUGCCUUUUCUACGCAGUAUUUGUGGUUGCGCUCGUCCAUCUGAACGCUCUCACAGCAUACUCCGACAACAGCGAGAAGUUCUCGCUGAAUAAUCCAGCACUUCCUAGUGUGGAGACGACAUCGGUCGAGGAACCUAGUAGGCUCCUCCGAGUCGGUGAUGAGGUUGAUGACGCGCUAAAGUCAGUUUCUGCAUCCAAGCAAGUGCGUAAGUUGAGAGCUAACAGGCUUGCUGAGAAAUUGAAGUCCACCGCGACAGCGAAGAAGCUACUCGCGACGGCGAAGAAGACGUCCAGCAGCUUAAAAAAAGUCCCAGGCGUGAAGAGCGUCCAGAAAAGGAUUCUGUACAACAGGCUUUCGAGAUGGGCUAAGCAGGGGAAACGUCCAGAGGAUCUCAAAAAGGCGGGGAAGUUCAAGAAUAACGAUGAGUUUGCCGCGUACCAAGUGAUUCUCAAUAUGGCCAAGCGCAAAAAGGCUGCUCCAUAA